GCCGGCGCGACUGUGCGGCUACCUGCAGAAGCUAUCCGGCAAGGGCCCGCUGCGCGGCUACCGCAGCCGCUGGUUCGUGUUCGACUCGCGCCGCUGCUACCUCUACUACUUCAAGAGCCCGCAGGACGCGAUGCCCCUUGGCCACCUGGACAUCGCCGAUGCCUGCUUCAGUUACCAGGGCCGCGACGAGGCUGCAGAGCCCGGCGCCGAGCCUCCCGCGCACUUCCAGGUGCACAGCGCGGGAGCCGUCACGGUGCUCAAGGCUCCCAAUCGUCAGCUCAUGACUUACUGGUUACAGGAGCUUCAGCAGAAGAGAUGGGAGUAUUGCAAUAGUCUCGACAUGGUCAAGUGGGACAGCAGGACCUCCCCAACUCCCGGGGAUUUUCCUAAGGGUCUUGUAGCCAGAGAUAACACAGAUUUAAUUUACUCGCACCCAAACGCUUCUGCAGAAAAAGCCAGAAAUGUCCUCGCUGUGGAAACUGCCCCUGGAGAGCUGGUGGGAGAACAAGCUGCAAGUCAGCCGGCCCCAGGGCAUCCAAAUUCCAUUAAUUUCUCUUUGAAACAGUGGGGCACCGAGCUCAAAAAUUCAAUGUCUUCUUUUCGUUCUGGACGAGGGCAUAACGACAGUCGGAAGAGUGUGUUUUAUACCACUGAAGAGUGGGAACUUAUAGACCCAAGCCCUAAGGACCUGGAGGAGUCCAUGGUACAGGAAGAAAGGAAGAAGCAGACCCCUGAAGGAAGCAAAGGAAUAACUGGCUCAGGAUUCCCCUUUGAUUUUGGACGUAUCCCCUACAAAGGAAAGCGGCCUUUGAAAGACAUGAUUGGGUCGUACAAAAAUCGUCACAGUAGUGGUGACCCUUCAGCCGAGGGGCCAUCAAGUGGUGGCAGCAUCAGCAAGCUAUCCUCUGAAAUGCAGCUGCAGGUUCAGAGUCAACAGGAAGAGCUGGAACGGUUAAAGAAAGACCUCUCCAGUCAGAAGGAGCUUGUGCGGCUGCUCCAGCAGACAGUCCGGUCUUCCCAGUAUGACAAGUAUUUCACGAGCAGCCGACUUUGUGACGGCGUCCCAAAGGACACCCUGGAGCUUCUGCACCAAAAGGAUGAUCAAAUUUUGGGCCUCACCAGCCAGCUUGAGAAGUUCAACCUGGAAAAAGAGAAUCUUCAGCAGGAAGUCAGGAAGCUCAAGAGCAAAGUGGGUGAGGUCAAUGAGCAGCUGGGAAUGCUGAUGGAGACAAUCCAGGCCAAGGAUGAGGUCAUCAUCAAGCUCUCGAGGCAGCUCAGCGAGUGCGAGGGCAACCCAUCUUCCCCGGCUGCGCUACCCGGCUCUCCCUCCACCACCCUGGCCAGCCGGGACCAGCUGGAACUGGACAGGCUGAAUGAUAAUCUGCAGGGAUACAAAACCCAAAAUAAAUUUCUAAAUAAGGAGAUUUUGGAACUUGCAGCUCUGCGAAGAAAUGCAGAAAGGAGAGAGAAGGAUCUGAUGGCAAAGUAUUCCAGCCUAGAAGCCAAGCUCUGCCAAAUAGAAAGUAAAUACUUGAUAUUGCUUCAAGAAAUGAAGACACCAGUUUGCUCAGAAGAACAGGGGCCUACUCGGGAUGUCAUAGCCCAGUUGCUGGAGGACGCUCUGCAGGUUGAGAGCCCAGAGCAGCCAGAGCAAGCGUUCAUUAAACCUCAUCUUGUCAGUGAAUAUGAUAUCUAUGGGUUUAGGACUGUACCUGAGGACGAUGAGGAAGAGAAGUUGGUAGCCAAAGUCCGAGCAUUGGACCUAAAGACUCUCUACCUCACAGAAAACCAGGAAGUUUCCACUGGGGUCAAGUGGGAAAACUAUUUUGCAAGCACAGUGAACAGGGAGAUGAUGUGCUCUCCAGAACUAAAAAACCUGAUCCGUGCAGGCAUUCCACAUGAGCACCGUUCCAAGGUGUGGAAGUGGUGUGUGGACCUUCACACAAGGAAGUUCAAGGACAGCACUGAGCCUGGGUACUUCCAAACCUUGCUUCAGAAGGCACUGGAGAAGCAGAACCCGGCCUCCAAGCAGAUCGAGCUGGACCUGCUGCGGACACUGCCCAACAACAAACAUUACUCCUGCCCCACCUCUGAAGGCAUCCAGAAGUUACGGAAUGUCCUGCUUGCCUUCUCCUGGCGGAAUCCCGAUAUCGGCUACUGCCAGGGUCUAAACAGAUUGGUGGCAGUGGCCCUCCUGUACCUGGAACAAGAAGACGCUUUCUGGUGUCUAGUUACCAUAGUGGAAGUUUUCAUGCCUCGAGACUAUUACACAAAGACUCUUUUAGGAUCCCAGGUGGACCAGCGGGUGUUCCGAGACCUCAUGAGUGAGAAACUGCCUCGAUUGCACACCCACUUUGAACAGUAUAAAGUUGACUACACCCUCAUCACGUUCAACUGGUUUCUGGUGGUGUUUGUGGAUAGUGUUGUUAGUGACAUCCUCUUUAAAAUAUGGGAUUCUUUCCUUUACGAGGGACCAAAGGUUAUUUUCCGUUUUGCCCUGGCACUUUUUAAAUACAAGGAAGAGGAGAUCCUGAAAAUACAAGACGCGAUGUCCAUAUUCAAGUAUCUCCGUUACUUCACUCGCACUAUCCUAGAUGCUAGGAAGCUCAUCAGCAUCUCCUUUGGAGACCUGAACCCAUUCCCCCUGCGCCAGAUCCGGAACCGGCGCACCUACCACUUGGAGAAGGUCCGGCUGGAGCUGACGGAGCUGGAGGCCAUCCGCGAGGAUUUCCUGCGUGAACGGGACACCAGCCCUGACAAGGGUGAGCUGGUCAGCGACGAGGAAGAGGACACUUGAGUGGACCCCUCCCCCACCAAGAUGCUGCUUUUCUUGUCUUCACAACCAAAGUGUGCCAAAAGGGUGACCGCAGAGAUGUCUCUGCUCGCUUAAGCCAGAAUGUAACACUGUGGUCUCUGGAAAUCCGCUGGGCGGAUGUCCAAAGCCACACCGCACUUUCUCCUUUUCCACUUGGGGCGGGGAGCAAACCUGUUUACAGCCAUCUUCACGCCAUGCUGUUGGGAUACACAUCACGGUCACGAUUUCCCAGUGAUUGGUGAACCAGCAGGCUUACCGGUCGGUUAUUUUCAAGAGCCCGUUUGCAGCAUCUAUCAGUUGUGCUGGUGUUUUCAACCUUAGAAAACCUUAUGUAGCCGGGCAUGUCCCUGUGUUCUUUCUCUUGUAUGCAGUGGGCAGCCACGUGCCUUUUUUAAAUGUUCUGCAUAGGAUGCCCGCUGUGUUCAGACCUCCGUGGCCAGAGUGUGGCUGCUUCAGGUGGAAGCACAUCCCUUGUUCAGAAACGGCCUAAGUAUAAACCCACGAACCUUCUGCUGGGGCUGCAAGCCGCCAGCUACGCCCCGGUUCUGGAAUUCCUUUGUCCUUUCGUGCACAGCCUUUCAAAACGUGACUCCCAGCCUGCUUGGGGAGGCCCGACCCUCCCGACUCGCCGCUCUGACUUUUCACCACCAGGCGGUGUUUGCGCGAGGUCAGCUCUUCUGCCCCCAGCUUGCCCUCUGGCUGGCAGGUCUCCAUGAGGUUCUGUGGAAAGCUCUUCUUUCCACCCGAGGAUUGACUCAGAAGUCAUUCUUCAAAUAUGGGUGGGAUUUCCCUUCAGUCCACUGUGGAUCAUCACACUGCAAGGCAGGCCCAGCCCUGGGCUGGCCUUGGUUGGGGGGCGGAGGAAGCUUUUCCGGGGCUGUUUGCAGGCCGUUGUGCAGCUGCUUGGUAAGGCCGGUGCUUGUGGUGUCUCCUUCACCUGGCUGGGACUGAGGGGACGGGGAGGAAGCCGGCUGUAGGUGCCUUCCCUUGGGGCCAAGGCGUUGGUGAGCCUCAGACAUAUCCCUUCCUCACGGCCACCCAGAAGCAGCAUUGCUGUCCCCUGGCCAAGCACAGUCUUCACUUGUGGGGUUAAAGUCACCUCCAGCCUAUCAGGCUGCCCAGGUAGUGUCUGGGGACUCUCAGAGCACUUCCUUUUUGAAGCCCUGGAGAGAGGCCUUGAGCAAGGAAAGUUAUUUUUGCUCAGUCACUCUGUGGACCACACCUGAUGAGUAGAUGGUGUUUUCUGGCAGUGUUAUUUGACUAUAAGAGAAACAGUUUUAAAUGGAAUUCCUUACACUACCUGGAAAAAAUUGGAAAUAAUCCUUAGUUGAUAUAUAUUAAGCACACUCAGAAUUGAAGCAAUGUCAUUUCAAGAAGUGCUUUUUUUUCCCCCAUAAGUAUGGUUUUUCUAUUAUUUUUUACUGUCAACCUUCCAGCAGUAUGAUGGCUAAGUUGGUAUUGAACAUACUAGACUGAGCUCAACUUUUCUGUUUUUAAUUAAGUUGGUUACUUUGACUUAUGACUGUGUAGAGGGAACUCGUCUAAAUAUAUAGCCAAAAGCCUUUGUCUCUUUUCAGGUAUCAAGUGUGUUUUAUAACUUUUUUGUUUUGGGGAAUGGCUGUUUGAGAUCUGAUGUCUUAGAAGCAGUGGCCUUAUGUGUGGGGUUGCUCCCGAGGCAGGCACUGCAGUCUCAUAGUUGCUCACAGAGGCCCUGUGGGACUUCAUCCAGGCUGCUAGGACCCCUGCAUCAGCUCCAGCUUCCCUCCGCUUUUGGUUUCCCAGUUGAUUUCUCCCCUGGAACAUCCCAGCCCAGGGGUUAAAAUGCUCCUUUAGGAACGGGGGCCUGCCCUGUGUGGCUGGACCCCCUGGUUUCCGUCAUCCUCAGUGACAGCCAUGUGUCAGUAUUUCCAGGGCAGUUAUUAUCAGCGGCCAGGCGGUGGGCAUGAGAGAGCAGAGAGGGGGCCUCGGAAACAGACUGAGGACCUUUGUUGGAGAUCCUCCUCCCUAGGGUAGAGUGCUGGUUCCUGUUUGGGGACAGGCUGGGGCUGACUUUUCCCUCCAGAGCUAUAGGGUCUGUCUCCACUAGUUUGAGCCAACACUUCUUCCCUUGAGCCUCUGGGAAGACAGUUGCUCUACAUCCUCCAGUGCCCCUGAGAUCCCAAGCCUCCACCGGCUCCCCGGUGUGCGCCCCUCCUGACCGGUGCUGCCGCAGCUGCUGCUCCUCCAAACCUUUGGUGAACACCGGCCCAUCACUCCCGCAGGGUGGGCCUCACCGGUUGAGGCUAGGAGCCCCACACAGGGCAGCCUGCAUGCCUACCGCCCCUGCCAGGGCCCAGGGCAGCCGUGUGGCCAUUGCCAGCUUAUAAGUAGAUGGGUUUUGGUUUUUUUAUGGGUAGAACAUCUGUUAAUACUUUUGUAUAUUUUCACUACAGUUUAUAUUUUUGUAGGCUAUUUUAUCAAGGUUUUUCUAGAUUAUGUACAUUUCCUUCACAUAACAAGUUCUUGUUUUGUGUGCAUGACCUUGUGUGUAUUUAUGCAAAUGUGAACUUGAGUGGCUCUGCACUUCCGUGCCGUCUUUCACUUCUAGCCUCGACCAUCACCAGCUUUCACUUAUGCAUGAGCCCUGUCUUACCCCAGGUAGCCUCGGUGCUACUUGUAGUCUUGCUGACAGCUGUACCAUAGCAGCCAAGAUGGUUGAUUGCUGGAAAUGACUCUGGUCUCAACUGCAUUAUAUCAUAUAGGAAGUAUUCUAGGCAAACAUUCCCAGUUUUUUAAAAAGCUAAAUGUUUGUUAUUGCACAAAUCCCAGUCCCACGCUUUGUGCAGUGUUGUCUUCCUGCACGUGACCGGACUCCGGGGCAGCUGGGCCUGCCUGGGGAAGUCCUUGUAGGGAGGUAGGACUCAGCACCGCACGCCUGCCCCUGCGCGUUCCCGCUCACAGAAGGACUGCCAAGGGACUCUUUUAUACUGCAGCAGCUUCUGUGCUGAUCUUUUAGAAUUGUAAGACUAAAGGAAGAAAUAAACUACUAAUUUGUAUAACAUCCUGGCUUGAAAUGCAAUUGUAGUCACUUGUGAUGGGGCUCAGCCCCUGGGCCUGGG